AGGAGCAUGCAAUGAUAUUUUUAAGUCCGAUCAAUUAACAUUAACAUGGAAUAGUAAAAUAAGCAACAACAACCCAAAUAUGAGCCUUGAAUGAGCUUCCCACAAAGUUACGAGUGCAUGCAUUUGAUUCUUGGCAAUAAUGCGCUUCCCAACCAUUCACCUACCCUCAAAGCUCCCAAAUUGGUUAUCAAGAAUCAACGAGUCUUCAACUAAUGGGAGAUGGGAAGAAGUGCUUUCCCACUAUCAGGAAAUGAAAAUCGCUGGGGUUCAGCUUACAGACCCUUCAGUUUUCCCUUCCAUUCUCAAAGCAUGUUCUAACGUCUCCUUUAGACGUGGAAAGUCUAUGCAUGCAGGCUUGGUUAAGCAGGGAUUUGAAUUGUUCACUUCAGUCAGUAACUCCACCAUGGACUUGUACAUGAAGUGUGGAGACCUGGGUUCUGCAUUGGGUGUGUUUAACUGCAUGAGGAGCAGAGAUUCUGUCUCUUGGAAUAUAAUGAUACAUGGGUUUCUUGCUCAGAGAGCUUUACAAGAAGGGUUGCAGUGGUUUAUGAAUGCAAGGGUUGCUGGGUUUGAGCCCAGCAAUUCCACCUUGGUGCUUGUAAUACAGGCAUGUCAAAGCCUUAGAGCUAAGCUUGAGGGAAUGGAAGUGCAUGGUUACGUAAUUAAGAAUGCGUUUUUGGCAAUUUGUUCAGUUCAGAACUCUUUGUUGAGCAUGUAUGCAGAGGCCGACAUGGAGAGUGCUUGGAGAAUGUUUGAUGAAAUGUGUGACAAAGAUGUUAUCUCUUGGAGUGUGGUAAUUGGUGGUUAUGUAAGAAGUGGGAAAGCUCAGGUUGGUUUGCAUGUGUUUCAGGAGAUGGUAUCUGAGGUUUCCAUUGAGCCAGAUGCUGUAACUAUGGUGAGUGUCCUUAAAGCCUGCACUAGUUUAGGGCACUUGAAUUUGGGAAGGGUGGUUCACGGGUUAGUGAUCAGUAGAGGUUUUGGGUUUGAUAUUUAUGUUGGGAAUUCUUUGAUUGAUAUGUAUUCAAAGUGUUAUGAUGCUGAUUCUGCCUUUGAAGUCUUCAAUGAGAUGUCUAGGAGGAACAAUGUCUCAUGGAAUUCUAUUUUGUCUGGUUUUGUCCUAAAUAAGAAGCAUUUGGAAGCUCUAUCGCUGUUUUAUUCGAUGGGGAAGGAAGGAAUUGAGGCAGAUGAAGUGGCUCUUGUGAAUAUUCUUCAGACAUGCAAGUACUUUGUGCAGCCGUUUCAGUGCAAGUCAGUCCACUGUGUAAUAAUGCGGCGGGGAUAUGAAUCAAAUGAACUGGUGCUAAAUUCUCUAAUUGACGCUUAUGCAAAAUGCAAUCUUGUUGAGCUGGCAUGGGGCCUUUUUGAUGGGAUGGAGAGAAGAGACGUGGUUUCUUGGAGCACCAUGAUUGCAGGGUUCACCUACUGCGGCAGGCCUGAUGAAGCAAUAGCUGUUUUCCAAGAGAUGAGUCAUGACGCACAAGAGAAGCUCAAUGCGGUUGCCAUUAUCAAUCUUCUUGAUGCUUGUUCAGCUUCAGCUGAGCUGAGAAAGUCGAAGUGGGCUCACGGAAUUUCAAUUCGAAGAGGGUUGGAAGCACAAGUAGCAGUUGGAACUGCAAUAGUUGAGAUGUACUCCAAGUGUGGGGCAAUAGAAGACUCAUGGAAGGCAUUUGAACAAAUUCCUGAAAAGAAUGUUGUUUCAUGGAGCGCCAUGAUAGCAGCAUAUGGUAUGAACGGGCUUGCACGUGAAGCCUUAGCUUUGCUUGCUGAAAUGAAGCAACACAGAGUCCAGCCAAAUGCUGUGACAGCUCUUUCAGUGCUAUCUGCUUGUAGCCAUAGCGGGUUGGUUGAAGAGGGGCUUUCUUUUUUCAAUUCAAUGCUUCAGGAUUAUGGGGUUGAGCCUGGAUUGGAACAUUACUCAUGCGUGGUUGACAUGUUGGGUCGGGCAGGAAAGCUUCAUACUGCAAUGGAUUUAAUCAAGAAAUUGCCUCUGGAGGCUGCUGGUGCAAGUGUUUGGGGGGCACUUUUGAGUGCUUGUAGAAGCCAUGGAAACAGUGAGCUCGGCGCCGGAGCUGCCUCUCAUGUUCUUGAGAUGGAGCCUUUGAAUUCGGCUGGUUAUUUGCUGGCAUCAAACAUGUAUGCAUCAGGUGGAUCGUGGGUUGAUGCUGCGAGGAUGAGAAGGUUGGUGAAGGAGAGAGGGGUGAGGGUUGUUGCUGGUUACAGCUUGGUGCAUGUUAAUAACAAGGCAUGCAGAUUUUUAGCAGGGGAGAGGUGCCACCCAGAAGCCGGUGAAAUACUUGGCAUAGUUGACCAGCUGCAUGGUUGUAUGAAGAUUGGCAAGAAUUUACUGGUCAUCGAAUGCUGAGAGUACAUAAUUAUCCUCCUUGUAUGUACUUUUUUUACAUUUAAAUUUUAAGCCCAAGUGAA